AAGGCACUCCUGAGAAUUUCCAAAGUUGGAUUUCUUGUUUAAUUUCCUGAGACUGGGCUGGACGAGCAGAUUAGAGAUGAAUGAAGACGCUUAAUGUGCAAUGGAUGAACAAAACAUUUAUAAAACUUCAAAAGGUGAAGAACAGGCCGACCCACGUUUCCGUUCAUUGAUGUUGUGUUUGGGAACAGUUUCUAUCCUCCUGGUGGCGAGCAUCAUCAUCAUCAUCCGCAUCAGUGUGGUUCUGCACAGACAGGAUGUAAACCUCAAGGAGAUGAUGUCAAAGAUGCAAAUCUGUGGGAACCAGACUGAGGUGCUCCCCAGAGAUGACCUCACCUGGAUGCUGGAAGUCAUCCUGAAGUUCGACAACUUUCCAGUCUCAGAAUACUUCGUUGGUAAAAAGUGUCAUCCAUGUCAGAAAGGUUGGAUUGAGUUUCACACAAAGUGCUAUCUGUUCUUGGAAGGUUUAAUUUAUAAAACCUGGGAGCAGAGUCAGCAGUACUGCAAAAACAAAGCUGCAGAUCUGGUUACUGUCGAUAACUUGCAGGAACAGGAGUUUCUCAGUAAUCACAGUACCUACUACUAUGACGAUCAUCAUGGAUACUGGUUGGGCCUACGUAAAGUUAACAUUUGGCAAUGGCCUGAUGGACGCAACAACACUCUUCGCAGAGAUGCCGGAGAUGGGCACCAGCCCCUCAAUGACCUUCCAGAGAUUAAGCAGCUAAAGAUGGAUGGGAGCAGUGCCCCCUGCUGGUUCGCAUACGUUACGCAGGUGAAGGUGUGCAACAUUGAAUAG